AUGGCAGUAUCUUCUUUUACAGACUUUCCUGGAGAAAUCCGCAACUCCAUAUACAACCACCUACUUGUCCUCCCUGCUCUCGCGACCCCUCGUCGCCUUGGUGAUCCUCCACUGUACCCACAAAUCCUCUCUGUAUGUCGGCAGGUCCACGAAGAAGCUAAGCAGAUCCUCUAUGGUUGCAAUACCUUUCUGGCACAUCCCAACUUGCUUGGAGCAUUGCCCCGUCUCCGAUUGUACUACGAUUCAAUCCACUCUCGAAGUCUUAUAUCUCUUAUUCAACGUUUCCAUAUUCGAGUUCGUUUAGAUUGCGAUCCGAACUUCUCUACCGAGAAAGCUGCGAAAUGCUUCACGGGUGUGGAAGAGCUGUCUAUUGAAGUGUUCCAGGCGCAGUACGGAAGUUCGGAUUAUAAAGUGCUGAGGUUGUUCGAAGGCAUAAGAGGUGUGAGACGAGCUAUCGUGUAUGGAAGUGUAGCAGGAUUUCCGGAUUAUGUGGAGUGGCUGCAGGAUGCUAUGAAGACUCCGGAGGGCGUGGAGGUCGGUGUGUUUGAUAAGGGAAAGGCAGGAGCUCAGGUGAGACCUUACGACAUCUGGAUCGUCAGUGACAUGCGAAUGUGA